AUGGCUUCUAACCAGUUCAUUGCCUUUGCCCUUGUCACGAUUAUUCUUCCCACCCUUGCCGUGGCAACUGAACACAUUGUUGGUGAUGAUAAAGGGUGGACUGUUAACUUUAACUACACAGCUUGGGCUAGUGGCAAAGUGUUUCAAGUUGGUGACACACUAGUGUUCAACUACCAGCCACCACACAAUCUCUUUAAGGUGGAUGGAGAUGGCUUUAAGAACUGCGUACCUUCUGGAGAACCUACGAUCAGUGGACAUGACAUAAUAACCCUCAAAAGCCCAGGAAAGAAAUGGUACAUUUGUGGAAUUGGCAAUCACUGUUCUGAGCUUGGCCAGAAGCUGGUCAUUAAUGUCGUGGGGAGUGAAGCUCCAGCACCAACUCCUGCUGCACCUGCUACACCUACUGCACCUGCUCCACCUAAUGCUGCUUAUGGACUUGCUGCUUCCUGCUAUCAGAUUUUUGUGGCAGCUGUGGCUGUGGUGGCAAUGAUCGUGGCAUGA